GCAAAAAGCUAUACAGUUGAGUAAAUUACAAUAAUCUGUGGUUAUUCCUUCUCACAGGCAGCCUGGAUUCUCUCAUGGACCACCACCAACUGGGAGUUCAACGUUGUGUCGUUAACAGUGUGCUAAUAUGAGUGUGGUCUUCUCUACAGAAGAAGAGGACUCUCACCCAUGGAUGUAAAUAAUUUGAGGUCUGCUUUCAUGCUUAUUAACACUUGUUAGGAUUUGACUUGAUUUCUACUGAGAGAUUAUUUACCCUCUGAAGGAUCCGUUGAGACUCCCUUGUCAGAUCAGUUCUUGGGUGGAGCUUGCAGCAACUUGGGGUUUAGUCUCCCAGUGGGGAACAUCUUUGGUGAUCUGUAAGACCAUCUCUACUAGAAAUGGACAACUUCACAAAUGGGCAGCCGGGCCCAGGUCAGAGGAACAGGUUGAUAGAAUUGCUGGAAACAGAUGACAGUAUCCAGGAUGAUAAACCUGCAUCUAGUAAAAACAAAGAAAGAUCAGGGCUACAUGGAAAGAAAGGAGAGCCACGGCCCUUUGAGACACCUUAUCAGAAGGAGAGCAGUAACUUUCCUCCUAAAGUCAAGAUUAAUCUGAACUAUCGGCCAGGACUCGUCAGCAACCAAAAGGACCCCAAUCGCUUUGACAGAGACAGGCUCUUCAGCGCAGUCUCAAGGGGCAGCCCCGAGGCACUGGAUGGUUUACUUGAGUACUUAAGGAGGACCUCCAAAUUUCUCACCAAUUCUGAAUACACAGAUGCAAAGACUGGGAAGACCUGCUUAAUGAAAGCCCUGUUGAACUUAAAAAAUGGAAAGAAUGACACAAUCCCACUUUUGCUGGAAAUAGACCAAAAGACACAGAAUCCCAGGCCACUUGUCAAUGUGGCAUGCUCUGAUUGUUACUACAGAGGCCAGACAGCACUCCAUAUUGCCAUAGAGAAAAGGAGCCUAGAUUUAGUGAAACUUCUAGUAGAGAAUGGAGCUGAUGUCCAUGCCAGAGCCCAUGGUGAAUUCUUCAAGAAGAAGAAAGAAGGAGUUUACUUUUAUUUUGGUGAACUUCCCCUCUCCUUGGCUGCUUGUACCAACCAGCUUGAGGUGGUGGAAUAUCUUCUAAACAAUCCCCACCAGAAAGCCAGGCUCCAGGAGCAGGAUACACAGGGCAACACCGUCCUCCAUGCCCUGGUGAUGAUUGCAGAUGACACUGAGGAGAAUACUAAGUUUGUGAGCACAACAUACGUUGAGAUCUUGAAGGCAGGUGUGAAGGCUGACCCAACGUGGAAACUGGAGGAGAUAGUGAAUUAUGAUGGACUAAAUCCUCUACAGCUUGCUGCCAAGACAGGCAAAGUGGAGAUCUUCAAACACAUCAUCCAAAGAGAGAUCAAAGACCCAGUGUACAGGCACCUGUCACGCAAGUUCACUGAAUGGACCUAUGGACCUAUCCAUGUGUCCCUCUAUGACUUGUCAUCUUUAGACAGCUUUGAGGAAAAUUCUGUGCUGGAGAUUCUGGCAUACAGCAGUGACACACCGAAUCGGUACAAGAUGGUGGUUUUGGAGCCACUGAACAAACUGCUUCAGCAAAAAUGGGAAACGUUCGCUUCCAAGAGAUUCUAUUUUAGUUUUGUCUCAUACCUGUCAUUCAUGAUCAUCUUUACAGUCAUUGCAUACUAUCAACCCUUACGGGUAAAGCCUUCAUUUCCAGUGGAGUUCACGGCUGGAGGCUUCCUGUGGGUCUCUGGACUGAUCAUUAUCUUGCUAGGAGGCAUUUAUCUGAUCUUUGCUCAGAGUCUGUACUUGCGGAGGAGACGCCAGUCCCUGAAGACUAUGUGUUCUGACAGCUGCAUUGAGAUCUUGAUCUUCAUCCAGGCUUUCUCAUUGCUGCUGUCAGCAGUCCUCUAUGGUGCAAGUUCAGAAAACUAUGUGGCGGUAAUGGUGUUCUCCCUGCUUUUGGGAUGGGUGAACAUGCUGUAUUACACUCGGGGCUUUCAACGCACUGGGAUCUACAGUGUCAUGAUACAGAAGACUAUCCUGAAAGAUCUGCUGCGUUUCCUCUUGGUGUAUAUGAUCUUCCUCUUUGGCUUUGCUGCAGCUCUGGUUACGCUGAUGGGGGAUGCUCCUUCGGUCUCUCAGAACAAGUCCCUUGCUCAGAUGGAGAGCACUGGGAGCCAUGCUAUGUACGGUGGGCUGCUUAGCGUCUCCCUGGAGCUCUUCAAGAUCACCAUUGGGAUGGGCGACCUGGAGUUCCAGGAACAUGCCAGAUUCAGAUACUUUGUCAUGCUCCUGCUGCUUCUCUUUGUGAUCCUCACUUACAUUCUUUUGCUCAACAUGCUGAUUGCGCUCAUGAGUGAGACUGUCACGGAUAUUUCUGGUUAUAGCAAAAACGUCUGGAAACUGCAGAGGGCUAUUGCUAUUCUAGAAAUAGAGAAGGCCUGGCUGUGGCGCCAAGGUGGGAAGAGGAGAUCUGGCUGCUUCAUGUCAGUGGGCCUCAAUAAGAAAGAUGAGAGAUGGUGUUUCAGAGUAGAGGAAAUUAAAUGGACAAAUUGGGCAAAGGAUGUGGGAGUUCUUAAGGAAGACCCUGGAAACACCAGUGAUUCAGAAAUAAAUCCAGAAGAGACAAGUUCACGGAAACGGAUGCCACAGAAACAACUGAGAUCAGCUGUUUCAGAGGAGCAGUCACUAUUGCAGCCCUCAGCAACUGAGAUGAUGCCUUUAGAGGGACAAACCAGAAAUCUUUAGCAGAUUUUCUGAAUUGCAACCUUGCUUCCAACUUCAAAGGAGUAGUUCUUCCUAUAGCGGCUGGAAGAAUUGAAGGCAUUAUGAGAAGUAAAGUGCAUUUCAUCAAAGACUGUGGUUCAGCCUGUGGCUUUAAAUAUUUUCAUGCACUUUAAUCAUUAAUUUCCUCUGAAGAAACUAUUUUUACUCAACUUUCUCUGCCUGACGCUUUCUGAUUACUACAUCUAAAGGUGCAAGAGCAAGAUCAUAGGGGCAGUGGGGAGUGGUCUUUGGGAGGGCGGUGCU